AUGGCAUCUACAACUCCCUUCAGCGGCGGUAACAACACCAAAAGAUCCACCUCCGCCUCUCGAAAUCCUCUCUCACGACCAACGACCCCCUUGCGCCCCUCCUCUCGCUCUUCUCUCCGCGAUUCUGCGAGAAAGAGUACAGGCGGUUACUCGAGUGCCCCCUUGGAAGCAUUUGAGCCGGCUUUUGCAGAAUUGUCGGAUUCGAUGGCGGAUUUGGAGGCCAAUUUUAUGCAUUUACAGUUGAUGCAUGAGAGUUUGGCUAGAUUCAGUGAGAACUUUGCGAGUUUUCUUUAUGGGUUGAAUAUGAAUGCUUUUUGUGUGGAUUUUCCAGAGGCACCCAUUCCAGAUUCAUUUCGUCGAGCACAGGAGCAGGAGGAGCAAUUAGGUCGAUCAACAAAUUCAGAAAGGUUCCGUGGUGACAUUGAUGGAGAAACAACAUUUUUGACCACUGAUACCUCCUUCGUUGAUAAUCCUCCAACUUAUUCCAAAGCAACUCCGAAAUAUACAACCCCAGCACCAUCACGAAUAGCAGGCUCUUCUAGCCGAGGUGGAUCUUCUGGUGGCUCUGGCUCAUCUGGUAGAGGUAUUCCAGUUCCGCGCGGUGGACGUGGCGGUAGAGCAAGCGGUCCUGCGAGAGGGCGAGGUCGUGGUGUAAGAUAA